AUGACUUUAGCCCACUUCACUUGUUAGAACUCACCCAUCACCGAGAGAUGACAGGACAACGAUCGAGUCAUCGGCGUUCCACUGCUUUCGCCUGCGUUGCAGGGCAGUCGCGGGAAUUUGGAACCGAAUCGAUGUUAGGCGUCAUCGAUCAUCACAGCAACAACUGCAUGGAUUCACCCCAGGAGGAGUCGGUGUGUGUCUUUCGCUCACUUUGACUACUUUAACUGGCAGUUGGUGGACAUUAAACAUUUAACGUUCUACUUUGUCAGCAAUUACACCCAACGACAAACUUUACGCUGUGUAACCAUUGGCCCAGACGGAAGCUAACAGCCACCUCGCCGUUAUUAACCUGAUGUAGCCUACUGCAGUUUAGCACCGCGUCAUGUCCUUUAAAGUGUUUGUUUGUUAGUGACAGCUAGCAGGAUGCAGGGCAAUGUUGGUGAUGUCCUUCACUGCGAGGAGCUGCUGAGGUCCACACUCCACUGCGAUGACAAGGAUAAGCUUCGCGAGAAGUUGGCCCAGCUUCGGAGGGAAUAUCUCAAGACCGCCCAGAAACUACACCGUGCUGAACGACUGGAAGCCAUACGGAAACACGUGAAAGCCAACGUCCUUCAACAUCAGGCCGGCCGGGACCAAAGAGAAUCAGAGGGGACGUCUAAGCCCAGUACUGCCCCUUCAUCGCCGCUACUGGACACAAGUAGUGGUCCCGCAGACUCCACCAUCAGCAGUCAUGUGACCAGGAACCUGCGAUGCCACGACGCCUCCAGAGGUUCUACUGCCAGCCCGGCUCUGCGCCUCCGGACGCGCCGCAGCCGCCUGCGCUGGCAGAGGCGGAGCGCCGACGAGAGCGAGGAAGGAGGACGUUCUGCGGUCGGAGCGGAAGAGGCGGCAAGGUUUGGGAAUGAAAGUCAAGCGUCUCCUCCGGAGUCUGGGUCGCCUUCUCUGCUGCUUUCACACUGGAACACUCAGGAUAAAGAGGGAACACAGGAUGUGGACAAGGACACAAAGGAGACAGAACACGCUGAAAAAGGACUGAGUGAAGGGAAGCAUGAUGAAGACACCAAGCUGUGCGAUGGACGCCAAACAGGGCAAAGCAUUGCGGAAAAACAAGAAGAGAUGACUGGAGCAGAAGUGAAGAGCAAAGGCCUGCUGGAGUCCUGCACCCUGGUGGAGGGACUACUUUUCCCUGCGGAGUACUACGUCCGCACCACCAGGCGCAUGACCCUUUCUCAGAGCCAGCCCGACAUGCGAGCCAUCAUUCUCUCCCAGUUGAGCUCGGGGAGGAGACCUCGCAGGGGCCGAGGACGGCACGCCGACACACAAGUGCGGCAAAGUUCUGCCGAGCUCAGCAGUAAGCAUUCAGGUCCGACGUCUAUCAGUGAGACUCCCACGGGGGCCUUUUCAGCCCCUUUAGUUGGUUCCGCCUGUCCAGGGAGGGGCCGAAGGAGGAGAAGAGGGCGUGGUAGGGGGAACAAUCUGGUCCAGGGGCGCACCCCAGCCUCGCUUGGCGCGUCCCUGCCAGGGACUGGUUCCCCAAAACCACAACUCAAUUCAGAGCAGCAAGCCACACCCCCUGAAACACCUGGAUCUCAGAGGGUCUUUCUGAAGAGCAGUCAGACGGCCACGCCCACUCCCACACAUUCGGGUGCCCAGAACUGGCACUCCCUCCUCCUGCCCUCCCCUAGACCCGCCUCCACGCCGUCACUGCCUGUCCACUCGCCGCUGGUCAGCAACCUGGUGAACUUCGAACUCCACCAGGACUUCCACCUGCCCGAUGACCAGUUUGCCUUACUGAAGCUAAACAAAUUGCGUCAGACAGCCGCCGUGGAAUCGGGAGUGGAACCUUUUGCAUCGGCACCCUGCACCGCACCCGUUGGUGUCCUGCGGCGCUCUGGCACGCCGGCGACGCCUCUCGUGCUGCCGCUCAGCUUCACGCCCACGGCUGGAGAAUCACCUCCGUCCAGAAAUGCAGACCGGGACCUCGCCGGAACCUCCUGUUUGGACCGAGAGCUGUCGUUCCAAGAGCAAACAGACGACCCCCGACAGGAAGCUCCUCGCACCUGUGUUUGCCCCCUAGAGGGCGCCACCCCUGAGCUUCAAAGCCUCAACUUGUCCCCAGAAGAGGUCAAAAAGGAGCACAGCGUCCAUUCUCAGCUGCGACUGAGCCCCCCGGGGGCCACGGCCCCACUUCACCCGCCCUCCUCCAGCCCGAUGCUACCCUCGCUGGGGGUUACCCCCCUUGCCACGGUCGCCGCCCUCCCGCACACCUCCGAUGCCCCCUCUCUCACCCUUCCUUCCCCGCAUAGCCCGUCCACCCAGGCCCUCUCCCCGCCAACGCUGUCUCCACACCCCAAAGCAGAGGGGGCGGCCCCGCACACGGCCGCCUCGGUACCUGGCGCCCAAAAGACUGCGGCGGAGGACCCCAGGAGGUGCACCCUGAAGGCGCCGGCAGGCGGUCGUCUGGUGGACGCGUGCUGCCUGCUCGACACGGAUGGCAGAUUGUGCGUGGCGGCGGCGGGAAAGUGGGCGGUGUGCCUGUGGAGUCGGGAUGCGGGGUCGUGCGCUUGGACGCCACGACACACGUGGACCUUCAGCGAGCCCGUUAUCAGCGUGUUUCCUGUCUCGGACGCCUGCGGUCUGGUGUGCGUCACGCUGGGUCAGCUGGAAAUCAGACAAGUCAGGGUGCUGUCGUGCCGCGGCCUUCAGUCCACGCUGCUGUGUGACGGCGGCCUCCAGGCGGCGGUGGCCGUGUCUGGGUCGAGGGUGGUGGCCUCCCGGCGCUCAGCGACAGGCAGCACGCUUGAGGCACUCAACCUCUCCGACGACGGAAGCGCGUCCAGCCGCCGUCCGCUGGGGUCACCCGGUGUUUGCGUUGGGGCGCUUGCCCCCGUGGACGGACUCCCGGACGCUUUGAUCGGCACCAAUGAGGGGGGACACCUCUUUGUGUGGAACGUCAAGAGUGGGCACCUGCUGCAGAGAAUGGACCUCAGUGACACUUUGUCCCACACGUCUUGCCUCAGAGGGUUCUCCUACGGCGGGGUGCUGCUGGUCCUGGUGCAGCAUUCGUCUCUCAGCAUCACCCAGCAGGAAGAAAGCAAGAACCGGCACGGAAAGUUCCACAAGGAAGGAGAAGAGAAGAAGUCGUCCCUCUUCUCCUUGGUGGCGGUGAACCCUCUCAACGCUAAAAGCGUGCCGGCGGCCCGUCUGGACCCGCCCACAUCCUGGUCCGGAAGGCUGUGCGAGGCGGACGCCGGCAGCGCGGCCGUAGUGGGGCUGAGUCAGAGCGGACGCGUGUGCGUGUGGGAGCUGCUAGGGCCGCCAUGGGGCGCUGUGACGGUGGCGUCCCCCGAGAGCGAGGGCUGGCAGCUGGCCCGCUGGGCGGAGGACGGAGCCACGCUGGUGACGGGCCACCACAGUGGAGACGUCACCUUGCACUUUGACCUGGUCGCUCGGGAUGGUUUUACCUGAUUUGAACUUUUACGAUGAAAUGUCUCUUUAAAAAAAAACGUCCAUCCUUGGACCUCAACACCGACAACAACUUUUAGUUCAAGCACUCAUACGAUUUUAUUGCUCCUGUCCUUACUUCAACAGGGAAAAAAGGUUUGCUCUUUUGUAUUAAA